AUGCUAAACAGCAACCCUCUGGAACUUAUUUACAGCAAUGAGGAUCCGGCUACAUAUUUGCACUACAAUGGAACCAGAACAACUCCUGAUUUACUCUUGGCUUCAAGCGACAUCAGUGAGCAUACACGCCGCAAAAUAAUUGACGAUCCUGGUUCUGGUCACAAACCAGUCAUUGCUAGUAUUACCAUCGGCAGCAAAUGCAUGUCAAGGAAAGUGUCAACUAAGCUAUCAUGGAACUUCAAGAAAGCUGACUGGUCUAGAUUCACUAACCUUUUAGACAAUGAACUUCACACAUACUAUGGUAACACGUGA